AUGCAGCGCCCCGGCCCCUUCAGCACCCUCUACGGGCGGGUCCUGGCCCCGCUCCCCGGGCGGGCCGGAGGCGCGGCCUCGGGUGGAGGCGGCAACAGUUGGGCGUCUCUGGGAUCCCACGUGCAGCCGCCCCGGCGCUCGCAGUCCGAGUCCGGUGGAGGCACCGACGGCACCAGCACUCGUAGCGGCAUUGUCGCCCCCGUUUUCCCGAUCUUCUCCACGAUGUCCAAGGCUGAGGAGGCCAAGAGACUCGCGGGCCGCGCGGCCGUGGAAAACCACGUGAAGGAUAACCAAGUGCUGGGAAUUGGAAGUGGUUCUACGAUUGUCCACGCUGUGCAGCGAAUAGCUGAGAGAGUGAGAGAAGAGAAUCUGAACCUGGUGUGCAUCCCCACUUCCUUCCAGGCCCGGCAGCUCAUCUUGCAGUAUGGCUUAACCCUUAGUGACCUGGACCGACACCCAGAGAUCGACCUCGCCAUCGAUGGUGCUGAUGAAGUGGAUUCUGAACUCAACCUCAUCAAGGGUGGUGGAGGCUGCCUGACUCAGGAGAAGAUUGUGGCGGGUUACGCCAGCCACUUCAUUGUGAUCGCUGAUUUCAGGAAGAAUUCACAGAACCUUGGGGAUCAAUGGCACAAGGGGAUCCCCAUUGAGGUCAUCCCAAUGGCCUAUGUCCCUGUGAGCCGCGCCGUGACCCGGAAGUUUGGAGGUGUGGCUGAACUACGAAUGGCUGUGAACAAGGCAGGUCCCGUGGUGACGGAUAAUGGAAACUUUAUCCUGGACUGGAAGUUUGAGCAGGUGCACCAGUGGCAUGAUGUGAACACCGCCAUCAAGAUGAUCCCAGGUGUGGUGGACACGGGCCUGUUCAUCAACAUGGCCGAGAGAGUCUACUUUGGGAUGCAGGACGGCUCAGUGAGCAUGAGGGAGAAGCAUGUCUGCUGACCCAGCGGGAGCGGCCUGUGUUCACCGUGGGUCCCCAGCCCACUGCGUCACUGGAACUACCUGUCCAGGAGCCUUUGCCUUAAUGUAUCUGUGCCCGGUGGACAGUUGGUGGCUGUGGGGCUAGGGCCUACACCCAGUCUUCUGAAGUAUUGUUAUUGAUGUCUUUUUAAAAUAGAGAAAUAUAAACAUAUAUUUUUGCUACUACAAAGCACUCUUUUUUUGUUUUUUAAAUAAAGUAGCACUUGAUUUCAUAUUUUAUAUGAAACAUUUACCAAAAAAAGGAGAAAGGGGCUGGUGAGAGCUGGGGAGGCUGUGCUAUCUUUAAAACCUUUAACUUGAGCCUGCUGCUGGCUAAGCUUCAGAAUUGGGUUUGCUGAGGAAAAUAAAAAUGAUUCUUUACGCUGGUAAAAUACGAAAGACCAACAAUCAACAGCAACAUCCUGCUGCCUUACUGGACACUUUGGCGUUUGUGUACUUGUGUUUAGUUACUGUCCUGAUGACGUCCAGUGCCCACUUCCAUUGAAGAGCUGGUUUACAAAGUCCGCCAGAGUGGUGUGCAGUGACACGGGGUGUCAACUUUUAGGCGAAAGUGUGGUUGGACUUUUGCUAAAGUCAGGCAAGGGGUUAAUUCAGUUAUCUAGGAUUCAGUGCCAAUACUGCCAAAGCACGUCUUAGAGAUGUGAAGGACUGGUUUUUAAGAAUGAUUUUCUUCAUGUUAUGUUUUUUCUGUUCUUCAUUGUUAUUUGCGUGGUUUGGUGUUCGGUGUUAUCACCUCUUUGUAUUGUUUGAAGGUUGAAAUAAAACAGUUUGAUGAUUUUGA